GCCAUGGAAGCCCAUUCCAUGAAGCUCUCUACACACUGUUGUUGGGCUCAUCUGAAGGCCACACCAAGUUUGGAGGUCUUUAGCUAUUGACUCUGCAGACAGUUGAAGCAGUAUGCAUGCCUAGGGGCUUGAUUGUAUACACCUGUGUCCAUGGAGGGGAUUGGAACACCUGAAUCACAUGAUAUAGAGGGGAUUGGAACACCUGAAUCCAAUGAUUUGGAGGUUGGGGCCAAUACUUUUGAUAAUAUAGUGUACUGUUGCUUGGGGGGUAUUUUAUGUAUAAUACAUAAGGGGGGGAUAUGAUCUCCAUGUAUAAUACAUAAGGGGGGAUAUGAUCUCC